AUGAUCAAGGAACAUGACGAUUGGAGAGUGAUGCUGGAUGUCGAGAAUCUGGAGGAUGCCGGUGUCCUGGAAGAUCGGCUCGCUGGAGAGACCCCGACUUCUAUCGCAUCAAAUAUAGCCUGCGUAGAAAUUGAGCAUAAGUUGGAAAGACAAAUUAAGGAACCUGAGGCAUUAAAGUUGCCUGAGGCAGCAACACGUGCCAUGAACCUUGGGCACUUCUUCGAGUCACGCUAUGUCAACAUGAACCGCCUGUAUCUCUUUGGACCUUGGACCUUUAAUCUUCAAAGAGUGGCCGACUGUCUCGGGAAUUUUGUGGAUGCGUCGUUUCCUGGAUCAUGA